AUCACCAUCACCAUCACCACCCUCAACACCACCAUUAUUCAAUCGCUUCGCGCAAGACACACCAGACCAGCAAUUUCCUGUCUCUCCUCCGUGCCCAGUGCGCGCCGCUAUUAGCAGUAGUCUUGGUUGGGACGAGCACAGACUUGCUACGCUACGGUGGUCGCAGCAGAGGUCACAUCAUCGCCUCCGCUGUGCCGUGCCGCUUUGGCAGUGCAGAUAAACCCCUUGCUUAGGCACACGCCUGCUUGCGCUACCGCCCUCCCUUCCCGACUCGCCGGGAAAGCCCUACUGUGCAGUACGAGCUAUUAUUCGUAGCAUUCUGACGAAGGACUCGCACUCCCUCCAACGCGUUUAGCCUUUCCAGAAGACGGCUGCCGACGUACAGCAGCUUUUCGCCAACAGCCUAGCGUCCCCCCUCUCGGUCAGAGGACCCAAAGUUUCCCACAGGCUACCGGGGACACCUAGGGUCCCCUCCUUGGACACUCCCUGGCCCUCCCUGGCCCUCCCUGGCCUCCCUGGACGGUGCCUGAGGCGACCCAGCAGCCUAUAAGCCGCGCCGGACACCUUGCCACGCAGCUUAACAAUCCACCCGCCGCCUUUCAUCACACCUCCAAUCAUCCCUCCUCGACCGCUUCUCCUUCCCAUCAUCGUCAUCCUUCAGCUUGUCACUUUCUCACCGACCCGUCCACUCUCACCUCGACUUCUCACCUCUUCUCACGCACGCACCGCAUCUUCAAGACCACCGCUACCGCUCCUCCCUCGCCCUUCCUCCUCCCUCACCACCACCACCACCACCAAGACGGCUCUUCAGCCAACCUCUCCCCUCCCGUCAUCCGCCCUCCCACGAACACCUGAUCAUCUCUCCUGCCAGGGCCGCGACUUGGGACCAAAACUUUUUCGCCCUUUCAGCAAAUAAUAUCUGGGGGUCGAUCGCCUCGCACGCUCCCUAGCAGCACUCUCUUCUUCCUCACCUUUUGUUUCCUUGCCGUGCAGUGCUUGCGACUGCGCGUCUCUCCUCUGCUGUCGACCUCAAGCUGGUUCUGCGGUCGAUAUCCCUUCGAACCUUUCCUUGCGAAACGCUCUGGGAGCCGACUCUUUCACCCCACGCCUCGACGGUCCUUUCUUUGCCGGUUUUCGUUAGCCUCGGUUCCUUCCUGGCCUUGUGUAACCUUUCCUUUGGGAUUCUUCUAUUCACCCAUCACCAUCGUUGAUCAUGGCGCAAAUGGCCGAUCCCAGGGAUGCCCAACGUCCUCAGUACCCCCCUCCGGACGACCCGAGUCAAGGUAGUUAUUACGCCGCGCAGUCUCCCUCGAGACCGCCGGUGAGGGACGACCGCAGCUCGUAUCCUCCGCCAGACCCAGCGCGUCCAGGCCAGUAUCCGGAUCCAAGAGCCGCACAUUCAUAUCCUCCUCCUCAGUCGUGGGCGCCUCAGCAUGCUGCGUAUCCGCCUCCUUCUCACUAUCCGGAUCCUCAACAUCAAGGUUAUGGCUAUCCGCCCAGGUCUGAUGUCGGACAGCCGCCUCAGCCAAUGCACCCCGACGCCUAUCGCCUUCCCCCUCCAUAUCCUCCCCCAGGCUAUUAUCCUCCGCAGCACUAUGCUCCGCCACCACCUCCCGCAGCGGCGGCACCGCGGCAACGUACCGCGAUAGCCUGCAAAUAUUGCCGAAAGAGAAAGAUUCGCUGCUCAGGCUACGAUAGCUCACCCGAUGGCCGCUGUCAGAAUUGCGUGCGCUUCAAUCAGCAAUGUCUGUUCCACCCGGUGUCCUCACAAGCCGCCUUUGUACCUGCCAACGCCGUCUACGGACCCAAUGCUGCUCGCGCGCCUGUGGCCGGCUCCGCGGACGCCCGUAAUGGACACUAUCCCCGUGAAGGAGAGCAACCAAUGCUGUAUGGUGCCCACGGACAACCCCUAGGACCUGCCGGACCUCAUGGACAACCCACGUACAAUUAUCCUCCACCUCAAUCCCAUGGAUAUCCUCCUCCGCAGCCCUACUCCUCCUACCCUCCUCCCGGCAUGGCUCCCUACCCCCCGGCUGGAUCCCCGUAUGACCCUCAGGGGCAGGCUCAACCGGCCCAACAUGAUGAUCGUGUCAGUCAUAAGCGUCCCCCUCCUGAUGAUGACCCGCAUAACGAGAACACUCAUUCGUCUCAGUCUCCUCAUCCCAACUCUCGUCCUCGUCAUAGCACAUAUGAUUCUCGUGCCAACAGCAGCGGUAGCUACGAGUAUGCUCCCAACAGUGGUGCCCCGACGUCACCUGCUACCUCCAACAUGAGCUAUCAAUCUCACCCUCAGCCGCAAACUCAUUACGCCAACGGCACCCAGUCUCAAAAGGGCACAGGUUCACCGUCACAGGGGUUGACGCCACAAUCAGCACAUAGUUUCAACUCGCCUCAUCAUGCACCAGUUCACGAUGACGGUAGAACUCCGCCACCAGGUCAGUCUAACAGUUUGGUUAACAACCGGAGCAUGAAGGUGCACGAUAUGCUUGGCAACCCUUCGGCGGCAGGAGUGCCUCCUGAACAACGGGCCAGAAACGACAAUGAAAUGCUGAGCAAACUCGACGGCAAGAAGUAAGCGGUCUAAUCGAGUUCGAAGUCGAACGAAUUCCCAGAUGCAUGGAGCAUCUUCAACACACGAGGGUUGAUCAACUCAGAAACCGGCAAGCAAUGAAUUUGCUAUGAUCUUCCCGUAUGGUCAUCAUCAUACGCCAACCAACACUUUUGUCAACCUUAUUUUCUUAUCGAUUCCAAAAAGAUACAACUUUCGGGGCAACCCAACAUUUCCUUUAUUUCCUUGUUCUUGUAUCCCCCACAACAAUCGGUCUUUACUCGAAAUUCGCCAGCGAAUCUUAUGGGAGGCUAGAUUUUCAAUGGAUACCCACUGGGUGGCUGUUUGAGCAAAAUCUUUUUCGAUCGGUUGCGGCGGGGCAAAGCUGCAGUGGUCCAGGCAAUCAGAGCCCUCUCUUUUGAACUGCGAACGGUGGAAUGAAAUGUAACUCGGGUGGCUGCCUGUUUUUAUGCGAUUGAAUGUUUUUGUUUUUGUGUACUAUGGGAGGUUUUUUGUCAACGGUCCUUUCGAGCCUGCGCAUAUCAUGGUGGGAUCAGGUCACUUUCGCUGUAUUCAUAGUUACCACUUCAUUUCCUUUCCCCCUCCUGUACAGCUGAGGUUCUAGAAGGACUUUUUUCUCUGUUCCAGAAGAUUUUCAGGUGGAGAGGUGGUCAGAAAGCUCAUCAGUCGAGGUUGGGGAGAUGCGAGAUGGAGUUGGAAGGGAGUUAAUGGCAAAAGAGAAUAGGGAGUGACCAAGACGGAGAGACAGACAGAGCGAUGGGUCUACAAGUCCAUGAAGGGCGGGACAGUACGAGCUGCCAUCAAGUUUAUCAGACUGGACUUUGUAGGCCCCUGGGGAUUUGCACGGGCAACGAAGGACGCGAUACCAACAAGAAGCAAACGCUUGCGCGCGCACAUAUCACAGGGUCCGUUUUGAGCUGUCUAAAGUAAUAGUUGAAUGUGUACGGUUCUUUUGAAUUUGCAUCAACCUUUUCCGUGUAAAUCUUGAUCUUCAUCGAUGAAUACCCGAGGCGGUAGGUAUCGAGGUGAUGAUGACUUGAGAUGAUGCAUCCAAUCAAUGAUCAAUCGUGGACCACUGUCAGUAUCUAUAUAUGAGAAAAG